AUGGAUUACAACUGGAGCUUCAACAAUGCGGCAACCGACGAGAUGAGGACAAUCAACCCUGACUACGGGAUUAUCUCUGAGCGCGCGCAUAUUGAAAGACCGGCAGACACAUCUGCAUAUAACCUGCGAAACUAUCUCGCCUACGUCACCUACGCCCCCCUCAGCCUCCUGGCGCAGCUGGCAUCGCUCCUUCAACCGUUGGGUCAUCCGAUAUCUAUAUCUCCCACUCGGAGCCGACGGCGCAGGAGUAUCUCGCGAUCCUUCAUCCAAGGAGCCUCUUGCACCCGCGAUGCGUCGCGCUCAGUGGCUCGUUCUCGGCCACCGCAUGAUCAACCUCCCCAUCAUCUUCACCUUCGUCAGCAUCUGGCACGAGCCCAGCCUGCGUCUGAUUCUUUGGGGGUGGCUGAUCACGAUCUUCAUUCUGCCCGAGAUCAUCGCCACGAUGGCCAUGCGCGGCGCAGCGUGAAAGCCACCAGGCCGGAAACAUACCCCAUCCUGUGCGGUCGUGGCGCUGCUGGGAAUUUAAUGCUUAUGGUUGCUGCUAAUUUGGUUGGCUUUGCCAUGAAGAUCGUCCAGUGGGAGAAGCUGUUGGUGCAUAUCACUGCCGCUCAUGCGGUGGUGUUCCCGCUGAUGGCGUUUUAUGGAUCCUUUUAUGCCUUGGCGCAGGUCAUGUUCGAGAUCAGGGAAGGGGAUUCCCGGAAGGGCUUUGGCUGGACAUCGUGA